AGGUAAUACGUUUAUUUUGUUAAUUUAAUUCACGUGAAUAUUUUCGUUCAUCAAACGAAGUUUCCAAAAUCAAGUUCCGUAUUUUUUGGCAAAUUUCAUCAACGAUCAACGACUUCUCCGUCAGCUGACGAUGCGGUAAACAAUAGCGUCAAGCGUCCCCUUUCUUCCAAUCGGUGAACUACAUUUUGAAUUUGUUCCAAGGUCUCGCAAGUCGCAAAAUAAAUUACUUAUUGCUUUUACUACAGCUUCUGCUUACACGGACGCCAUUUUUUUGGAAAAGCUUUUUAUACUUUUAUUUUUUUAUUUAGAAAAGAUUACUUUGAUUAGUGUAUUUAUAUUAUUUAUUAGCGUACCGGCGAGUUAAUUGCAAAAGUUUCUCAAGUUUUGUUUUCAUUCUAGAAUUACUCGUUUAUUCUUACAAAAGUAUGAAAUAUUUGUUCAGAAAUGAAUUCGUAGGUUUUAGAAAUUAAACGCGCAUAACUUAAUGAAAUUUAUGGACUACUACAAGAAAUAUGAGUUUAUUGGUAAACUCCAUGGUACAUAUAGUUCGAGUUGAUAACAAAAAAAAAAUAGUCAGAACGUCGCUAUAUCGAGCAACGAUUCAUUUUGGCUGAAGGAAGCGAAACAAAAGAACUGGUUUUAUUGUAGCGAAAAGGAGAACAAUCCCAAUACUUGGAAAAAAAGGUCUAUCGAGAUUGGAGCAUUAUAUUAUCAUUGAAAAGAAACUUGUAGACAGUUUUAUUGCACUCGUUGAAUUUUGGUACAUCGAAUAAUUCACUGCUUGCUUUAUAAGAUAUAUAUGCUUUAUUACAAUGGCUUCAUUUCGGAAAUCAGGUGUAAAUAGACCUCAAAAGUCUUCCUUUAUAAAUGGUAGCCCGACAGACACAAAAUUCAAAACUAGACCCGGUGUAAUCGUACCGAAUAGAGUAUUCGUCGGAGGUAUUUGUCCAUCGGCUACUGAAAACGAUUUAUUAAGUCUUUUUGGCAAAUACGGCACAGUCAAAGCAGUGAAAAUAAUCUCUGAUCAGAAUGGCGCAUCUAAAGGCUAUGGUUUUGUUACGUACGAAAAAUCCGACGACGUAACUCGAUUGCAAAACGACGCGAAAAGUUUGAUGUUUAACGAUCGACGAUUGAAUAUUGCGCCGGCAGUUAUGAAGAACGAUUUUCAUUCGCAGAAUCCACAAUUUGUUGGCCGUUUUGCCGAUUCGUAUGUGGUUCCGGUUACCCCGAGCAAUAUAUAUUUUGCUAAUAAUAUACCGUAUCAAUAUCAAGAAAGCACUUCUGUAUUUCCAAAUAGUCCUUAUGCUCCUCCGCUGACCGUAUUACCAGCUGUAUCCGAUGGUGCCUAUUAUCAGAAUGGUUAUAGUUCGUCGCCUAACUUCGUGCCAACUACUCCUUAUCAAGGAGCAGCAUUAUUUUACCCAGUACCGCAUAAUACAUCACCUGUUAUGGUAGGCCCACAAGCGUACAACUCAUCGUAUCCUUCAGUUUCGGUAUCUAAUUCUAAUUAUGUAUAUUCAUCACCGGCUCCAGCAACAUCAUCACCGCCGAGCGCAUCAGCCAAAACGUCAACAGCGCCCGUCCCAUCGACUGUAACGAAUACAUCCGAAGUGCACGGCGCUCACGGAGGCGGUGGCGGCUCGCAAGUGGUCCAGACAUCUGUACCGCCACCUUUACCGUAUCCGAUAGCUCAUCCGCCGCAGUAUUAUAACGGUAGCGUGGCCGCACCGCCGUAUUCGGGAGAGGUAUAUUAUAACAUGGUACAAGGUGCGUGCUAUCCGGUGAUGACGGUCAACGGACAUGACGCCUACAUUCCAUAUUACGACGUACCGGACACAUGCAACAGUAACGUUGCACCGGAGGAAAACAAUUACGAUGCGCAAAACUACCACGAAAUUACGCCCAACGUACAAAACUACAUCGCCGAGCUGAAUAACAAAGACACAUCGCCACCGACCUCCUCAGCGGUCAUCAAUACGGAAUCGAAACAAAUGAUGCCGGUCAUCGUACCGCAGUCGAAUUCGGAUCACGUUCAAGAGCAGUACGUAUCAGCCGAAGCGAAUAACGUAGCCAACGCACAAGUCGUAACGCAGGUACCAGUUCCGGUAUCAGCCACGCCUCAGACUCCGGUAGUGACCGGACGUACACCGCACGCGAAUACCGACUACAAUAAUCCGUCUAAUUAUAUGCAGCAUCGGAACGCCACCGCUAUCAUCUAUCAGAAUACGCCGGUACCGCCGAAUAAUAUGUAUUAUAAUCCGAUUUACCUGACGGAAGCCACAACUCCGGCGUUAACGCAAAGCCCGUACCCGAAAAACUUAUCCGAACAUUACGUAAGCGAUCAUUUACCCAAACGCGACUCCAAGUAUUCGCAGAAGAAGUUCUCAACUUCGCCGCAAUCCAAAGACAACGCUAUUAGUAUUCCUAAUAUACCCAAGUUCCCGUUCACCGAGUAUAUUAACAACAAUUUUCCCGGUUUCGUUAAUCGUAAUGUCAAAGAGAAGGAUUACAAGAAUGGUAAUACGAAAAUCAACGAUAACAAAAUACCGCCCAGACCACCACGCAGUAGUAGCAACGGUAGCACCGGAUUGAAACCCAGAGUGUUCCAUAAUCAGAAUCAGUUUACUGCCGGAGCUGGUAUGCCACCGCCGCCGCGUAAUACGCACAGAAAUGGCAAUGGUGUUCCUAUUCAGGGUAAUGUUCCGUAUCCGAGAUCCAGCUCAGCCGGUGCGAUGAGACCGAUGCACGAUCAAAUUCGACACGCUUACGAUUAUCAAAAUAGUUACCAAGGACAGAAUAGCUAUCAGAAGUACAAUUACGAAAAAAAGAAUCUGUCUAACGGCGGCGGAUAUCAUCGUGUCAAAUACGAAAAAACAAACGGCGGCCAGCUACCAGUCAAUCACAACAAUAACAACACCAGUAUCGCCAACAACAAUAACAACAGCACCGUUACCAACGCUAAUGAAACGUACUCGAAAAAUAGCAUCUCACCGGCCGAAGACGUUACGAAAAAACCCAUCCAAACCGAGCUCGAUACCGGCGUUAAAACGAAUAACAACAACACCACCACUACCAACGAAUGUCCAACGCCAUCCGAGCAAAAUAGCAUAAACAGCAGUGGCAGCUGCGGUAACACAGGCCUAGCCAAUAAUGUUCCAGUUCCGGUAACGGAAAAUGUGCAAAAUCAGCAACAGCAGCAGCAACAACAAGUAUGCCAAGAAAUGCAAAACUUAGCGUUGUAAAACAAUGCCCAACCCUGUGGAAAAAGUGAAAAAAUCUUUUUUUUUAUUCGUUUAUUUUUUUAUAUUUUUUUCAUCGUUGUACAUAGAUUAAGGUUAAGGAUAUUAUGAUUUUUUUUCUCCCCUUUUCUCUCUUAAAACACAAACGAAAUCAAAACAUGUCAAAAGUGAUACGCGAGACUAUAAAAAGCCCAACGAGAGAAUUACAAGAAUUGUGUCGAGUGAUCGUAGAAGGUAAACAAACAAUUAGGUAAUAGUCGUAUCUAAGAGGAACUGAAGUACGUAUAUUUUGUUUUCUGUAAAAAAUAAAAAAAUCGCAAUCUAGAAGGGAAAAAACGAUUACAAA